AUGUGCGUAGCCAUAACCCGCGUCUUCUACUGCAUGCGCUGCAACAACGAGAUCUACGAAGAAAUCGAGUGUCAAGAGUGCGAGCUCUACCUGCAGUUCAAGCGCUGCGGAAAGACCGACAUAAACUUGAGCUUCAAGUGCGAGGCCGCCCUUUGCAUUUUGUGCGCCUCGCUCCCACCAGAUAGCCAGGUCCCCUUUUUGACGCAGCCUCCGCAGGGUAGUACAUCUACUAUUAUGCGGCAUUUGAGACUUAUGUACGGUCGGCGUUGA